AACUUUCAAAGAAUUUUCCCUUAGUAUUUCAUACCUGGAGCUCUACGAAUAAUAGUUCCGGGAAUUUGCUGGCGUUUAAUCCCGGAAAAAAGUAUUGGUUUGAGAGAAGCCCCUCUGGGUGGUGGACCUGUUCUUGUUGACUGUGAACCCAUGCUGUUGCAAUGUAUUUUGGCCAAGUGAUGGACUUAUUGGCCAAAGGCAACGAACGACGAGCUGUUGGCGCGACAGCAAUGAAUGCUGCCAGCAGUCGUUCACAUGCAAUUUUCAACUUGACUGUCGAACAGCAUCCUAUUGGAACCCCCACAGCACACGGUAUGUGCACCCAGCGUGUGGACGAGUGCCGUGACGCUGCUGGCAGGGAAUGCUCACUGCCGUGCGUCCCUCGCCGCCUGCCCUCUUGACUCUCUCUACCUCCCUCCCUCCCUCUCCCUGUGCAACAACGGCGACAGAUUUGGAUAGCGUUUCUCUCCCAUAAUAUUCCAUAUCCUGGCCUUGGGAGUUGGGUAGUAGGAAACGUUCUCUUCUCAUUCGGGAUACUGCAACAGUAUCAACUGCAUCUGAGCUAUGCUCUCUGUCCAAAUAUGCCUGAAUUGCUGCUGGUCCACUUGGGUAUAUAAGGAAUCCAGGGCCUCAUAUCUGAACUCGGUUUCUUUUAAGGAAAAGGCUUGAGGAAUCAAUUCGUGGUAUUACAUUAUUGGAGAAGGGCUGCUUCGUAUUUUAUUCCGUGGUCUUGAUUUUCGGAUAGGGGCGUGGACGAGAAAAUAAAUCGGACGAGCCUCUUGUUU